UUUCGGAUAUCAAAUGCUACAAUUUCGGUGACCAAUGUCGAAGAUGCUGCCAGAUCGACCAAAUUGUUGGCUCAAACAACACUACGCAAUAUCCUCGGAACGAAAACUUUGGCUGAAAUGCUAUCAGACCGAGAAGCGAUUUCACUUCAAAUGCAGAGUACAUUGGAUGAGGCGACCGAGCCAUGGGGCGUCAAAGUGGAACGAGUUGAGGUGAAAGACGUUCGCCUGCCCAUCCAGCUACAGCGUGCCAUGGCAUCUGAAGCUGAAGCAGCUCGAGAAGCUCGAGCGAAGGUUCCGAAACAUUCAGCUCUUUGA